AUGGCGCCACAGCGCCACAGAGGGGGACUGGUACCCGGGGGUGGCGCUGCGCUGCGCCAUCAUCACCGCGGCGUCGGACAAGUGGAGACAUCAUGAAUCGUCAGUGACGGCCUCAAGUCGAAGCUCACGUUCUGUUUUUUAAGAGACGAUACCCUGUUGCCGAUGCCGUCACCCACAGCAGCGUGCUGGUAGCUGGUAUUCCGAGUUACAGUAUCGCACGCUGAGUUUGUUUUUAAUCGACGUCGCCGGCCUGAUUCCGGGGCUGUGACAGUAGCUAAGCUAAAACUUGUCAACACUCUGGUGGAAGAUGGCUGACAACGGAGCCCACCCGACCGACGAGGACCCGGCGGCGGCGUUCCUGGCCCAGCAGGAGAGCGAGAUCGCGGGGAUAGAGAACGACGGCGACGGCGACGGCUUCGGGGCGCUGGAAGGAGCCAACGGCCACCAGCCGGCUCAGGAGCCCGAGCCGCAGCCUCAGCCGGCCAGCUACGACGGCUUCGGAGACGAGUCUGCCACGGUGAACGGGGAUAUGUUCCAGGAGUCCAAUGGCCCGACGGACAGCUACGCGGCCAUUGCCCAGGUGGACGUUCAGAGGCAAGAGCCGGAGAGUUUACGCAAGUGGAGGGAGGAGCAGAAGACACGCCUUGAGGCGUUAGACUCGGCAUCCAAGGCGGCGGAGGAAGAGUGGAGGGAGAAAGCCAAAAAGGAGCUGGAGGACUGGCAUGUGCACCAGACUGAGCAGAUGGAGAAGAACAAGGCCAACAACAGACUCUGCCCAAGUCUGGCACGGAUUGCUGACAAGGCUUUCUACAAACAGCCCAACUCUGAUGUUAUAGGCUUUGUAGCAUCGGAGGAGGCCUUCGUGGCAGAGAGUGACGGCGACAGCCCGGGGUCCGAGUGGGAGAGAGUAGCCCGUCUCUGUGACUUCAAUCCCAAAACCAACAAACAGGCAAAGGAUGUUUCUCGGAUGCGUUCUGUCCUCAUCUCUCUCAAACAGGCGCCUCUAGUUCGCUAAAGGAGGUUUCGGGGAGAAUUUUCCUUUUAGAAACAUUGCCUCGUCACAUCACAAGAGUUUGUGUGCCCUUUCCCAUAAAAUUACUGGUAUGUUCAUAACCUUUGAAAACUUCUGCUUUUCUUGAUGCCUGUUCUAUUGAAAUAAUAUACUUAGUCUCUUACUCUCUUGUGAGAAGGUGGACUGCUCUGUUGAUACAUCCUCACGCUGAUCAGUUUUAUCACUGCUACUGCAUAAGAAAAUAUUGUUACUGUAAGUUAAACAUUUUUUCCCCCUUUAACUUAUAAAUUGUUACCAGGUCAACUUUAUUGCAUGUCUCUGCCAAUAUUUUGGAUGCACAAUAUUUAGUUGUUUUAUACAUUUGCAUUUGUCAGUGUCAAACACUUAUUGAGCACUGUUGAGGAUUAGAUUGUAAACACUUAUGCCUCUCAUCAAUGUAAAAAUUUGAAAUUUCCUUUGUUCACAUUAGUUGUAUUUUAAUCCGAUUGCAUAUUUUUUUCUCUUUCACAUACAUAAGCUUGUGGCCUUUUUGAUAUAGUUCUUUCUGCAGUUUGAGUAUUUAGCUAGAAGGGUUUUCUUUUCAAUUAGGAACGAUUUAAAUUAAAAUUUUAAAACAUCAUUCACAACCAAAGAUUUCUUCUAACCUCUAAAUUUGCAGCGUUCACAUGAUUAACAGUCUGUGCAAUUUCUCAUUUCACCAGUUUUCUCAGCAUAAGUUUUAUGCUCCACUGUGUUACACUGUUUUAUAUUUUUAAAACAGCAGUCAAUAAUGUUUCAGUUCCAACAGUAAUGUCUGCACAUUGAUUUCACAUGUUGCCUAUUUGGACAUAAUGAAUACUGAAAAAGUGAAUGUUAAAAAGGGACCUGGAAAAUAAAAAACAGUGGAGUACGAUCACCUAAA